AAAACCCCAACUGAAUGGAAGACAAGUGUCGAGGAAGGAGAGCUGGAAAACAGAAAGUGGAAGACAGGUGUGAGCAGUGGAGUGGCCGUUCGAUUUUGACGGUAGGAGUAAAACUCUAAGUUUUCAAAAAUUCACACCACUCUCUGCAUGCAACCAUCUUCUUUAACCUUCUGAAACUCCAUUCUUCUCCUCCUCCUCUCUAAGAUUUCUUCAUUUUCUCUCUACGAAAUCUUACUCUUUUCUUCCUCCGAUCAUCAAACAAACCACACCCGAGCAUUCCCGGCGUCGAGGGCGUUCGUUUGAACCGAUCAGUUUUCGAUUCCGAGUUGUUUCGGAAGUUGUCGAGCGUUGAGGGUAGAAGGAUUGGUAGAGGUGAACCAGUAACCAUAUCUGUGAGCGUUCGGUCACCUUAAGAGGUUUGUUGAAUUCAGGAAGCUUUCACCACCAAUCUUUUCUGGUAUUUCUCGCAAGCCGAUUCGCAUUUCAAGAAAAACCCUGAGCUUGAAGAUGGCCCAACCUUCCCAAAACCCAUCUCGGCAGCAGAAAAUCAUAAUUACUAAAAAGAAUGACAGUAAGCUGGUUGGCAUUCUUCAUGAAUGUGGAACCGAAGAGAUUGUCAUCUUAUGCCAUGGUCUUCGAUCCACCAAGGAAGAUACUAUCAUGAUAAAUCUUGCUUCUGCUCUAGAGAAUGCAGGAGUCAGUUCUUUCCGCGUUGACUUCAGUGGAAAUGGGGAAAGUGAUGGUUCAUUUGAGUUUGGUCACUAUUGGAGGGAGGUUGAUGAUCUACAUGAUGUCAUUCAACACUUUCAUAGAGCAAACCGUAUAGUUACUGCAAUUAUUGGACACAGUAAAGGAGGUGGCGUGGUGCUUCUUUAUGCUUCUAAGUAUCGUGACAUUAAAACAGUUAUCAACAUCUCUGGACGCUAUGAUCUGAAGGCAGGAAUUGAAGAACGCCUUGGAAAGGAUUAUUUGGAAAGAAUUAGGAAGGAUGGUUUCAUUGAUGUGAUGCGGUCAGGAAGUUUUGAUUACCGUGUAACUUUGGAAAGUUUGAUGGAUCGCUUAGAUACAAACAUGCAUGAAGCAUGCCUUCAGAUUGAUAAAGAAUGCAGGGUCUUCACAAUUCAUGGUUCUUCAGACCCAGUUAUCCCCGUUGAAGAUGCAUAUGAGUUUGCCAAGAUUUUACCAAACCAUAAGCUGCAUAUCAUAGAGGGAGCUGAUCAUUCAUACACUAAUCAUCAAGAUGAAUUGGCCUCUGUUGUUGUGAACUGCAUAAAGGAAACCUUGCUCCAGGAUAGGGUUACAUCUGGCUAGAUCUUGCAGUUUUGAGCCACCUAAAAUUGCUCAAGGUGACAAAAUCUCUAUUACGGAUGAACCUGUUUAUGAAAUUGCAGUUAAAAAAAAUUGUGAAUAUUGCAUCGUGGUGAAAAUAAUGGCGAGAGAAAUAUCUGCUACUGCUAUUGGUCUCUGAUUAGAUGUACAAAGGCAUUUUGGCAUUAUAUAUAUAUUAUGAAAUGCAAUAUGCAAACAGUUGUUAUGGUGACAUAUUGUAGCGUUAGUGGGGGUUAGUCCCACAUUUCAAGGGUUUGGUAUUUAUAUAAAAGAGUGUAACGAAAGCCUAUGGCGUGUAGAAUGUGGUCACCAGUUUGAGUAUCUUAAAAAUGUUGAAAGUAUUUGUAUUCUUACACUCUGAUACAAAAAACAUACAAGUAGAAAUACGAGUAACAUUUACAUAGUAACAAUGAGUUCAUUAUAUUUUUGUGGCUAAA